AUGGACUUUGUGCAGCAUUUCCGUGUACUGCUGCCUGAAGGAACCAGCGCCUCCAAGGAAUGCAUCCAGCAGUGCCUGCAGAAGCUCAGCCUGUCCUCCGACGGCUACCAAGUGGGAAAGACCAUGGUGUUCCUCCGGGAGGCUGAGAGGCAGCAGCUCCAGGCCCUGCUCCACAACCAGGUGCUCCGGCUCAUCGUCAGCCUGCAGAGACGCUUCCGAGCCCACCUGGAGAGGAGGCACUUCUGCAGGAUGAGAGAGGCGGCCGUCUGCAUCCAGAACUGGUGGCGACUGUACCGUCCCACAGAGGAGGAGGAAGAGGAGGAAGAGGAGGAGGAGGAGGAGGAGGAGGAGGAGGAGGAGAGGGUGCUUGAGCGGGCCUGGAGGCUGUGGCUGCAGAGGCGAUGUGAGGCCGCCCUGGUCCUGCAGACGGCCUGGAGAGCGCAUCAGGCCCGGCAGAGACACCUACAGCUCUGCAACACGGUCCUCCAGCUGCAGGCUCUGAGCAGGGGCUUCCUCACCAGGCACAGAUUGCAGAGCAUGCAGCAGCAGAGGCUAAAGGAGAGAGAGGACGAGCUACCGUCAGCAGAUGUGACCGUUUCCCCAGAGGAGGAGGAGGGCACACCAGAGACCCUGCCUGGGCUGGUCCUCAGCACAUGGGAGGCCUCUAUCAAACACCAAGAGGAGGCUACUAAAGUCCCCCGACGCCAGUCUGAAGAAGCAGAGCCGGCCACGCUCCCAUCCGUUCUGCGGGAAAGGUCUCGCACCGUGGAUGAGCCCAGCCAGAAGACCACGAGGGCCAAGCGUGAGAGCCGCAGGAUGAGGGAGCUGGAGCAGGCCAAGUUCAGCCUGGAGCUGCUCAAAGUGCGUUCCACUAGCUCCGGAGCCCCGGCCUCCCCCUCCGAGGAACGCCGCUGGUCUUUGGAGUUUGUCCCGCCAGCCUCCCCUCCUCUGCGGUCUCCCCAAGGCACUCCGGACAGCCAGAGCUCCAAGGGCAGCUUCGAACUCUUAAGUAUGGACGACGUACCUCCCAAAGCCUUAGAGGAGAUCACAGACACUGAAGACCUCUGCUCGCCUGUCCAUUCUGUCUCGCAAGAAGGAGAAGGAGAGAGUUCCACAAGCCCAAAGCCUGACCCUCCAACCUCUUUAGAACUUUCUUCAGCAGGAACUAAGCCUGAACAUCCAACCUCUUUAGAACUCUCACCCGUGGUUGUAGUCAUCAGCAUGCAGAAAGAGACUCCGCUAAGUGACGAGCUGACGGAGAUGGUGCGCAACCCGGUGGAGCUGCGAGACACGGCGGCCCAAACGGGAGAGCUCACGCCUUCACCGCAAACCGCCAGCUCGGGUCCGCGCUCAGACCAGGUAGUUAUGGACAAACUGCUGAAGCUGAAUGUGGAGAAGGAGGAGAGGCAGAAGAGCCGGCAGCAGCAGAACGAGAAGGAGAUGAUGGAGCAGAUCCGGCAGCAGAAAGAGGUGCUGGAGAGACAGAGACAGUUCUUCGCACAGUACGAGAAGGACAUGUUUGAGAAGCAGAGAGGAGAAGCUUUGCACAAGAUCCAGCAGAGCAAGCAGGAGGCCCAGGCCCAGGACACAGCGGGGAGCAGGAGAAGCAGACCCAGCUCUCUGUACAUCGAGAGGUCUAGCGGUCCCAGUCCCAGAGCCCGGACCGAAUCUGAGUCCAGCCCUCCCUGCGCUCAGUCUCCCCCGGCCGUGGACAUCCAGGGGGUCACUCCGCAACCACAGCUCCCCCCGCAGUCUACCCCCAGUCCCAGGCACAAGCAGGGCACGGCCACCCCAGAGGGAUGGGUGCCCAAGCUCAAGCUGGAGUCCAGAGAGGGAGGCGUCAAGGGGAAGAGUGUGGGCAAGAAGCUGCAGCCUCCGCAGGACACGGCGGCCCACGACAAACCCAGCAACAUCUUCUUCUCGCCCAAGGAUAAAGGCUCAAAGAGUGACGGUGGCUCCAAGGGGUCGAGCGGUGUGAAAGAGGCAGCUCCAAUCUCCAAGAGUACUUCUAAAACGUCCAAAGCUCGUGACGUGGGCAGAGCAGGCCCCAAAAAGAAAGCGCGCAUGGCCCGGACGCGCUCUGACUUCCUGACGCGUGCGCCUGUCACGUCGGCGGGCGGAGACUCUGAGGAGGACGAAGACCCGCUCAGCCCCCGCCAUUUCACUCUGCCCCUGCCCAAAGCCGGUGCGGGGGUGGAGGGCUGUUUCAGUGACUCGGACAUGCCUCCUCGGGGUGACGAGAAGAAGAUGCACAAAGCCAUGUCCUCUGGAGAUCUGGGCAAAGUGGAAAGCCUCCGCAAAAACUCCCAGGACGGAAGGGGGCGGAAGAUGCGUUUCUGGGGCAAAUCCAAGUACGGAGAAAAGAAGCUGUCCAGAGAGAAGCUGGUUCCGGGCCCCGACUCUCUGGAGCUGGACUCUGCAGAUGGUGCUCUGCCCGGAGAAGGUCAGGAGAACAUGUCUCCGCCCCUCAGCCCCAGCGGGACUCUGGAGCGGGGGAGCAGGGAGCAUAAGGAGAACAAGGAGCCCUCGCCCAAAGUGAAGAGGAGACGCAGCGUGAAGAUCAGCAGUGUGACGCUGGAGCCCCCCGCCCAGUGGCAGAACGAUGCACUGCACAUCCUGUCCUGCUCCAACGAUUACCGCAGCAUGAACGACUUCCUCAUGAAGAAGAUCAAUGAUUUGGAGGCUGAAGACAGUAAGAAGGACACGAUGGUGGACGUGGUUUUCAAAAAGGCUCUGAAGGAGUUCCGUCUGAACAUCUUCAUCACCUACUCUACAGCGCUGGUGAUGGACGAGUGCAAAAGCGUGCGCUACAAAGACCUGUACGCUCUGUUCGAACACAUCCUGGAGAAGAGCAUGAGGCAGGAGCAAAGGGACUGGAGCGAGUCCCCGGUACGAGUCUGGGUCAACACCUUCAAAGUCUUCCUGGACGAGUUCAUGACGGAGUACAAGCCCCUGGACAGCACCGUUACCAAGCAGGUCCAGAAAACUGAGAGGAAGAAGCGGCGGAAGAAGGACACGGACAUUGUGGAGGAACACAACGGCCACAUCUUCAAGUCCACUCAGUACAGCAUCCCCACGUACUGCGAGUUUUGCUCUUCCCUCAUCUGGAUGAUGGACCGCGCCUGUGUCUGCAAACUGUGCCGAUACGCCUGCCACCGCAAGUGCUGCCAGAAAAUGACCACCAAGUGCAGUAAGAAGUUCGACCCGGAGCUCUCGUCCCGACAGUUCGGAGUGGAGGUGUCCCGUCUCACCAGCGAUGAGAGAGCGGUGCCCCUAGUGGUGGAGAAGCUUAUGAACUACAUCGAGAUGCACGGACUCUACACUGAAGGCAUCUACCGCAAGUCGGGCUCCACUAACAAGAUCAAAGAGCUCAAACAAGGCCUGGACACAGACGUGGAGAGCACCAACCUGGACGACUACAACAUCCAUGUGAUCGGCAGCGUGUUCAAGCAGUGGCUCCGGGAUCUGCCCAACCCCCUGAUGACCUUCGAGCUGUACGAGGAGUUCAUCCGGGCCAUGGGUUUGCAAGACAAAAAGGAGAUGGUCCGUGGGGUUUAUUCAGUUAUCGACCAGUUAAGCCGCACUCAUCUCAACACACUGGAACGCCUCAUAUUCCACCUCGUCCGAAUUGCACUACAGGAGGAGACCAACCGCAUGUCGGCCAACGCCCUGGCCAUCGUGUUCGCUCCGUGUAUCCUGCGCUGCCCCGACACCAUCGACCCCCUGCAGAGCGUGCAAGACAUCAGCAAGACCACCGCGUGCGUGGAGCUCAUCAUUUGUGAGCAGAUGAGCAAGUACAGAGUCCGGCUAAAGGACAUAAACACACUGGAGUUUGCAGAGAACAAGGCCAAGAGCAGACCUGACCCUGAUCCGGCGUUCCAUGGUGAGUCUGCGGUGAAUGAAUGA